CUCUCGCUUCUAAACAACCGGCCGGCCGCUGGGCGCCGGGUCCUGCGGUGGGCUGCUGGGGCGCGAUGUGGGUGGCCUCACGGUGGCAGAGACCCCGGCGGCAUCCCCCAGGCCUUUCGCGAUUCUAGCCGCUCUUAGCAGCCUUCCCUUCUUGAUAGCGGGGCUUCCGUGGGUCCUGCGGCUGCAGGGAUAGUGUAGGACAGGAGGACCCCAAUCUCUCACACUGCAGCCGCAGCCAUGUCCACAGCGGAGGCCCCGGCUACCGACGAGGUCCAGGACCCAGGCAGCAGGAUCAAGGCAUGCAGCCCUCGCCAAGUCCCUGUUGUCGGGGUGGUGCCGGAGGAUGAGGAAACGCAGGGUGGUUUCAAGCUUAUGGACCUAAAUCGUGUCAUCAAACUCCUUGAAGAGACUGAUAAAGAUGAUUUAGAAGAAAAACAACUUAAAUCUGUCAAGAAACUGGUGCAGUAUUAUCAGAAUGGACUUCCCCUAAGGGAUUUAGCACAGAUAUUUAAAAUUCUAAAUCUGUGUGCAGGAAAAAUUGAAAACCAGCCCCAAUUUAUAGAAUCUGCAUAUAAUAUCCUAAAAUUAUGUGGCUUGCCAUUUUUGAAAAAGAAAGCAUCAGAUGAAAUAACAUAUGCUGAGGAUACUGCUAAUUCAACUGCACUUCUGGGUGACUUAAUGAAAAUACCAAGUUCUGAAUUAAGAAUACAAAUUUGUAAGUGUAUUGUUGACUUUUAUCAUGCAGAACCACCAAAGAAGCAUAUUCCAGGUUACCAGCAAGCUAGUUCAUCAUACAAGAUUCAAAUGGCUGAAGUUGGAGGAUUGGCAAAAACAAUGGUCCAGUCACUGGCCUUGCUUGAAAAUCAACUUGUUGAGAAACUUUGGGUACUUAAAGCUCUGCAACAUCUCUCAACUUCUGAAGUUAAUUGUACUUUAAUGAUGAAAGUACAAGCAGCCAGUGAAAUCUGUGCUCACCUCAAUGACCCAGAUCCCUCUGGACAGCUACUAUUUCGUUCAUCAGAAAUACUUUGGAACUUAUUGGAAAAAUCUUCAAAAGAAGAAAUCAUACAACAGCUUAGUAACUUGAACUGUUUGCUGGCUUUGAAGGAAGUAUAUAAAAAUCUGUUUAUGAGAGGUUUUAGUCAUUAUGAUCGUCAGCUUAGAAACGAUAUAUUAGUGAUCACUACAAUUAUAGCUCAAAAUCCUGGAGCACCAAUGAUUGAAUGUGGCUUUACCAGGGAUUUGAUACUAUUUGCAACCUUUAAUGAAGUAAAAAGUCAAGAUCCUUUGGUUAAAGGUCUUAAGCUUUCUAAUUCCUAUGAAGAUUUUGAGUUGAAGAAAUUGCUCUUCAAUAUAAUUGUGAUCUUAUGUAAAGAUAUACCUACUAUUCAGCUAUUAAUUGAUGGCAAAGUUGUUUUGGCUUUGUUUACUUAUGUUAAAAAGCCAGAGAAACACAAAAUAAUUGAAUGGUCUGCAGCCCAGUAUGAAGAACUACAGCUGCAUGCAAUUGCCACUUUGUCAUCAGUGGCUCCUUUACUAAUAGAAGAGUAUAUGUCAUGCCAGGGAAACUCUCUAGUCCUUGCAUUUCUAGAAUGGUGCGAGAGUGAGGAUUCCUUCUUUAGCCAUGGUAACAGUUUUCAUGGUACAGGUGGACGUGGCAAUAAGUUUGCUCAGAUGCGUUACAGUUUAAGACUCUUGAGAGCCAUGGUCUACCUUGAUGAUGAGACUGUAAACAAGGAACUUUUUGAAAAGAGAACAAUUCAGCAACUGAUAGGAAUCUUUAAAAAUACAAUAAGCAAGUCUAGUGACAAGGAAGAGGCCAUUAUUUUGGAAAUUCAGUCUGAUAUAUUACUUAUCUUAUCUGGUCUUUGUGAACAUCAUAUUCCUAGGAAGGAAACUUUUGGAACUGAAGGAGUGGAUAUAAUUCUUCAUGUAAUGAAAACAGAUCCCAAGAAGUUACAGAGUGGACUAGGCUACAGUGUACUUCUUUUUAGUACAUUGGACAGCAUUUGGUGCUGCAUUUUGGGAUGUUAUCCCUCAGAGGAUUACUUCCUUGAAAAGGAAGGUAUUUUUCUCCUUUUGGACUUAUUGGCAUUGAGCCAAAAAAAGUUCUGUAAUCUAAUACUUGGAAUAAUGGUUGAAUUUUGUGAUAAUCCCAAAACUGCAGCUCAUGUCAAUGCUUGGCGAGGGAAGAAAGAUCAAACAGCUGCUAGUCUUUUAAUUAAAUUAUGGAGAAAGGAAGAAAAAGAACUAGGAGUAAAACGUGAUAAACAUGGGAUGAUCAUUGACACAAAGAAACCUCUAUUUACAAGUUUUCAGGAAGAGCAAAAAAUCACACCACUGCCUGCUAACUGCCCAACUAUUGCAGUUAUGGAUGUUGCUGAGAAUAUCAGAGCAAAAAUUUAUGCUGUCUUGGGCAAACUAGAUUUUGAAAAUUUACCUGGCCUAUCUGCUGAAGAUUUUGUUACCCUCUGUAUCAUACAUAGAUACCUUGAUUUUAAAAUUGGAGAAAUAUGGAAUGAAAUAUAUGAAGAAAUAAAAUUAGAAAAGUUAAGACCAGUCACUACAGAUAAAAAAAAUUUGGAAGCUAUUGCAACAGCAUCAGAAAAUAUUGGGAAGAUGGUUGCUUCUCUUCAAAGUGAGAUGAUUGAAAGCCAAGCACGCCAAGAUGUGCAAAAUGAGCAAAAAGCAUAUGCAAAAAUACAAGCCACACACAAGCAAAGAGAAUUGGCUAAUAAAUCAUGGGAAAAUUUUCUGGCCAGAACAUCAAAUGCUAAAACUUUAAAGAAAGCAAAACGACUUCAGGAAAAAGCUAUAGAAUCCUCCAGAUUCCGUGAGCGACCACCAAAUGCAAUACUUCACCAGACAGAUAUUAAAGGUCUUAACACAACGGUGCCUUCUGGCCGGGUAAUAACAGUGGAAAGCACUCCUGUCCGAUUGCUGGGAGGACCUCUGGCUGAUACAGAUAUUGCUCUUAAAAAACUGCCUAUUCGAGGAGGAGCCUUACAAAGGGUGAAAGCAGUAAAAACUGUGGAAGAACCAAAGAAGAGUGUUCCUACAUAAAAUAGAGACUUUUAAAAAUAAACCCUGCUUAUAAUUUUUUAGUUAAAUAUAUAUUUAUAUACAAAUGUAAAGCAAAUAUUUUAGAAUAUUUUAGUAGAAUACUAUAAAAAAUAAAAGUCAGCACAUGUAAUUUAUUUUUAUUCAAAAUAUCAACAUAUAACAUCAGAUUAGUUGUCAUCAGUUUCUUGGCAAACAUUAUUCUCUUAACUGAAAUGAUAAGAUAUAUUGUAUCAGUUAAGACUCUUGGUUGCAUGUGAACUACUCCAACUGGGUUAAACCAAAAGAAGCUGCAUGAAACAAAAAACUUUUUGCAGACUCUGUAGCUAUCCAAUCUAGGAAUGAUUAAAAGAGUACAGGCAUUAUUGUAUCUAGGGACUGAAACUCUGAGAGUAGGAUCUUCUCCUUCCAUAGCAGCUCCUGGAUCAGAUAUAUAUAUAUAUUAGAUAUAUACAUUUACCAGGGUGCUAAUCAACAGGGAUUCUCCUAGGCUGAUAUCCAGUAGAAGAGAAUGCACACCUAUCUCUCAACAGUCCCUGCAAAUGCCUUGGCAUCUUGGAGCCCCUGGUUGGCCAUAUGCCCACUCCUGAGCCAUUCACCUUGACUUUGGCCAAAUCUGAGCACUGCCUACUCCCAGAGUCAGAAGUAGGCUGCCAUCCAAAGCACAUGAAUGGAGAGGGGAACCAGAAUAUAGCUAUCAUAAGCAUAUAGAAAUACUGGGCAGCAAAACUAUUUGCAACAAAUAUGUUAGUCAAAGUAAAGUUCUCUCUAUUGUAAAAAGCAAAUGUUAGUCAUGAACGGAACAAUAAAAAUAAAAAAUACAAAUACAACUGGUUUUACUCUAAUAUGUAAAUAUGCAAUGCAAGCUCUAAAGCUGCUAACUUUUUUUAAUGGGGAAGGGGAAGGGAGUGGGGGAACUGUUUCCUUUCCUUUGCCAAAGACAGGGAGGGCUGUGGCUAAGACUGUUAAAAUUCCUCUCUGUGUCCCAUUAUUUCUGUGGCCCAGCAAACAUUUGUUUACCAAACAUUUACUUUCAUAUUCUUGUGAAUUGCUUCCCUUUUCCUUUGAACUCUCAAAUCCCUACCCCCUUCUCCUUAUUCAGGA